CUUGCAGCUCUUCUUCUGCACUCGCUGUUCCACCGCCAUGUGCGGCGGCAUCCCGAACAGCAGCGGCGAUGCGCCGGCGACUUCACCGCUACCCCGCGCGUUGUUCAUCUCGUUGGCCGCCUUGCUGUCCAUGUUCUUCGUCACCUUCGCCGGCGUUGCGGCGCUCGUUUUCCGCUGCUGCCGGAGGCGGGCCGGCGCCAGCUCCGAGCACACGCCGCGCGCCGGGGGCUCAUGCGAGCGAGAUUACCGGCCCUUCCCCGUCGAGAUGGUGCCGCCGGCGUUCGACUAUGCUCGCGGUCCCGAUGACGAUCACGGCAGCACGGCGGCGCGCGAGUGCGCGGUGUGCCUCGGCGCCGUGCAGGAAGGGGAGAUGGUGCGGCGGCUGCCGGAUUGCGGGCACGUGUACCACGUCGAGUGCAUUGACCGGUGGCUGGCGGCGCACCGGACGUGCCCGCUGUGCCGGUCGGAGCUUGAUCCGUGCAAGACGAACUCCGAUGCGCUGCCGCCGCAGCCUCCGCAGGAGGAUCAACCUGACCAUCAACUGCCUGUUUAGCUCAGAAAAAAAAGUGUUAGAUAGACACUGUAAUUUCUUAAACUACAUAUAGAUGUUUGUUUUUGUUCAAUAAGUCGAUAAUUGGUUGUUAUAUGACA